GGGACGUUUGGGGAGAAGAAGGGAAAGGACAAAAAAAAAAAAACACCACGAUUCGUACGCAGUCAUGGCCAGUCGCGAUAGGGUGACUCGUUUACUGAGGCAGCUUGCUGUUCAGGCGUGCAGAUGUCCUGCUCACUCUUCCAUGCAUUCAGUCCACAUCUGUCAACCAGGUCAUGUCUGUGGGAGAAAAACUGACUAUGCUUUUGAGAUGGCAUGCUCUAAUAUCAGAUAUGGAAAGGGUGUAACCAGAGAGAUUGGCAUGGACUUGCAGAAUUUGGGUGCACAAAAUGUGUGUUUGAUGACGGACAGGAACUUGUCCAGAUUGCCCCCAGUAACAGCAGUGCUGGACUCACUGACCAGACAUGGUGUGAAGUAUGAAUACUAUGACGGUGUGAGGGUGGAACCUACAGAUAAAAGUUUUAAAGCAGCAAUUGAUUUUGUGAAGAAAAGAAGUUUUGAUGCAUAUGUAGCUGUGGGAGGUGGCUCUGUGAUUGACACCUGCAAAGCUGCCAAUCUUUAUGCAUGCCAUCCGGAGGCUGACUUUCUGGACUUUGUCAAUGCACCAGUGGGGAAAGGAAAACCAAUUACCCGGUCAUUGAAACCUCUCAUUGCAGUUCCCACUACAGCAGGUACAGGGAGUGAGACCACAGGUGUAGCAAUAUUUGAUUUUGAAGACCUGAAGGCCAAAACAGGGAUAGCAAGUCGAUCAUUGAGGCCUACUUUGGCAGUGGUGGAUCCACUACACACACUGCACAUGCCAGCCAGAGUGACUGCCAACAGUGGCUUUGACGUACUCUGCCAUGCAUUGGAAUCCUACACUGCUUUGCCAUAUAACAUGAGGAGUCCGUGUCCCACCAACCCAGUCACCCGUCCUGCUUAUCAGGGCAGCAACCCAAUCAGCGACGUCUGGGCAAGACAUGCCCUCUGUAUUGUAGCCAAGUACUUAAAACGAGCGGUGCGUAAUCCAGAUGAUGUAGAGGCACGCUCUAGCAUGCACCUGGCAAGUGUGUUUGCUGGAAUUGGCUUUGGUAAUGCAGGAGUUCAUUUAUGUCAUGGAAUGUCAUAUCCUAUCUCUGGGAACAUCAAAACCCAUAAAGCUAAAGGAUACAGAGUGGACCAUCCAUUAGUGCCUCAUGGCCUCUCUGUGGUUCUCACAUCUCCUGCUGUGUUUGCCUUCACUGCCUGCAUGUGCCCAGAGCGUCACCUAGAGGCAGCAGAGAUACUGGGUGCUGAUGUAAGAAAUGUGAAGACAGAAGAUGCUGGACAAGUGUUGGCAGACAUACUGAGGAACUUUCUGUAUGACCUGGAAGUGGAAGACGGCUUGUCUGAAAUUGGCUACAGAAAAGAGGACAUUCCUGAGUUGGUGAAGGGAACUAUUCCUCAGGAGCGGGUGACAAAACUUGCACCGAGAUUUCACACUGAAGAGGAUCUCGCUCAUUUAUUUGAAGCAUCCAUGAAAUUGUACUAAAACAAAAUGAUGACAUCUACUACGUUUUAGUCUGACAAACCAAACGUGACCCUUGUCAUAAGUAUAAAGUUGGAAGUCAGCAAUAUGGUAUUUUUGAUUACAGUAGCAGACAGAAUUUCAUCUGCCUUUUGUAGUCUUGUGUAGUAACUACAAUUCACAGUUGAGCCAUCCCAAAAUAUUAUCCAGACGCAUUUUAGCUAGAAUGUUUAUCUAAUGUGCACAGAAAAUAUACUCAUGCUGAAGUAUAACAAUUACUUGUUGAUAUUUCUCUUGCAAUAAUCUGGAAUAACAAGUGGUUUAUAAAGGUAUUAGUACAGGGCACAUCACUGUUGGUGAAGGAAACACCAGAUUAAAAAAUAAAUAAAUUUUUAUAUGAAGUGCCCAAAUAACUACUGAAAUGAAUAUGCAUGUUUCAAAUCAUAUCUGCUUUUCAAAUUAUUUUUUUAACUGAAUAUUCAUUUAGUAUGAUGCUGAUUAGCUGAAUUGGAUGGAAAAGAUUAUUGCAGAAAUCAACCAGAUUUUAGAUGCCAUUCUUUGUUGUCAUGGUAACAGUGAAAGGCCAAUAACAGUGUGUUGCAGCAACUUUAUUUUGUUGUUAGGCCAAAAAAUGUAUUGCACAUGCAAACUGGAAAUUCUUUAGUUGUGUGGGAUCUUCAGACCACUUUGUUGGCAAACAGAAGGAACAAAUCAAAAACAAUGUAUGUACAGGAUAAAGUACAAUAUAUAUAUAUAUAUAUAUAUAUAUAUAUAUAUAUAUAUAUAUAUAUAUAGUAUAUAUUACAAGCCAUCACCUCAUUAGAAAGAUUACAUGUGCACAUGGAAACUAACCAAUUCUCUUUAAAUUCUAAAGAGAACUUAACUUUGGCCAUAUUACCAAUAUUCAGGAAUAGUAAACAUACUUCAUCUCUCAUGAUCCAACAGAGAAAUACAGGGUUAGUCAAAAUUAUGUUAACACUUAAAUGGUAGUUAAGUGUUUAUUCACAAAAUGAUUUAUAGCACGGUCUCAACCUGUUUGCCAUCGUGUUCAACACAAAAAUCAGCGAGCAGCAGUACCAUUUAAUCUGUCACUCAUGGCAUACAUCUAGCUGCAGGAGAAAAAUAAUCCACUGGUGUUAACAUAAUUUUGACUAACCCUGUAUAAUGAAUUAUUUUCAUGACAACUCUGUAUAUAGUCAAAACCCAUCACGCAAUAAAACUGAGUUACUUAGCUCAUGAUUUUUGUUCUAGUUCUUCAUUAAAAAAAAAAAACUCAAGUGUCUUGUUUAUCAAACUGGAAAUGCCUAAACCAGGGUCCAUAUUCAAGGCUACA